AUGUGCUUGAAGCAGCAGCAGCAUUUUUGCGUGGGUCUACACUUUCGCGAUGCAUCCAACGUCCUUAUGAAAUCCCAAGGAUUUGGUGGUACAUUCGGCAUAGCACGGUGGCGACAUCGAUCCUGGAAAUCCUGCAGUUUACAUCCAACGGCGCUUUCGCAUAUGCACCAGCUUUUGCGUCACUUGGCGAAGACGCUCGCCCUGCCUAAGAUCUUCUGCAUUGCCGUCUGCAUGGCUCGUGGUGUGCGUUUUCCUCAUCUGGGUCUGAUCGGCGUGCUUGGUGGACACUGUCAAUGGCUUUUCACCGACAUUCCCUGCGGGGUCACGAACCGGUCCGAGGAUGGCUGUAUUGAGCCAAUCGCCAGUAUCGGCCAGCGGUUCCGAAUCCUGUCCCAGGACCGCCCCGGCCGACACAGCGGUAUGGUCCCUAGAUGUUCCGAAGCCGGCGAAUGA